AUGUUCAAGGGAGAAAUUAACCAAACUCAUUAUGACAAACUGAUGGAGAUUUUUGCAGGAUAUAGUGAUGUCUAUAAUGCUUUGUACAGGCUGAAAACAAAUAACGAAGAAAAAUUAAACGAAAUUUACAAAAAAAUCAAACAAAACCUGAUUGACUCUUAUCAAAUUUCGCCUGGUGAAAUUAUCGAUAAAAUAUCCGAACUUUCAAUUUAUAACAACCGCUACAUGAAGUCAUAUUUAGCAAUUGUCAAACAAAUUGUUGACGAAUACCAUCCAAAUCAGGUCAAUAAUAUCAACAUGGUUUUUAAUUACCUUUUCUACAAAGAAUACGACAUAGUAUUGAAAAGGAUUUGGGAAAAAAGUUAUAACGAUUUUGAAGAUGCUCAUUAUUCAUCUGAUAUUCACCACCAAAAUACAAUUCACAGAUCUAUUAUGGACGAUGACAAAAUGUCAUUGAUAAAUUUUACAGAAAGAGAAGCAUUUGAUAAAAAUCAAAAAUUAAAAAGUGUUUUAUAUCCAUUUUCAAAAAGAGGUAUUUCGUUACUUGAAUUAUGUUGUUAUCAUGGAUCUGUUGAUUGUUUUAAGUUUUUAAGAACGAAAUUUCAAUCAGAAAUCACUCCAAAUUGUCUUAGAUAUUCGUUUUUGGGUGGAAAUCCAGACAUUAUGAAUGAAUGCUUAAAAGUACAAAAACCAGAUAAGAUAUGCAUGGAAUGUGCAAUUAUAUCACACAAUAUUGAUUUUGUCACAUUUUUGAUGAAUGAAUACAAUAUAAAAAUUGAUUUAGAAUUGUGCUAUAAAUACGAUAAUCUUCAAUCAUUUUUAGUUUAUUUGGAUCAAACAAAUGAUAUCAACACAUGUUUUGCUUAUUCUCCUAAUUUCCAUCUUUCAUCACUUUUAGAAUAUUUUAUUUCAAAUGGUGCAGACAUCAAUGCUAAGACUAAAGAUGGACGGACCCCUCUUCAUUAUGCAGCCUUGCAUAAUUACAAAGAAAUAGCAAAAAUUCUUAUUUCAAAUGGUGCAGACAUCAAUGUUAAGGAUGAAAAUGGAGCAACACAUCUUCAUUAUGCAGCCUUGUAUAAUUACAAAGAAAUAGCAAAAAUUCUUAUUUCAAAUGGUGCAGACAUUAAUGCUAAGACUGAAAAUGGAGCAACACAUCUUCAUUAUGCAGCCUUGUAUAAUUCCAAAGAAACAGCAGAAAUUCUUAUUUCAAAUGGUGCAGACAUCAAUGCUAAGACUAAAGAUGGAGAGACCUCUCUUCAUUAUGCAGCCUUGCAUAAUUACAAAGAAAUAGCAGAAAUUCUUAUUUCAAAUGGUGCAGAUAUCAAUGCUAAGACUAAAGAUGGAGAGACCUCUCUUCAUUAUGCAGCCUUUCAUAAUUCCAAAGAAACAGCAGAAAUUCUUAUUUCAAAUGGUGCAGACAUCAAUGCUAAGACUAAAGAUGGACGGACCCCUCUUCAUUAUGCAGCCUUGCAUAAUUACAAAGAAAUAGCAAAAAUUCUUAUUUCAAAUGGUGCAGACAUCAAUGUUAAGGAUGAAAAUGGAGCAACACAUCUUCAUUAUGCAGCCUUGUAUAAUUCCAAAGAAACAGCAGAAAUUCUUAUUUCAAAUGGUGCAGACAUCAAUGCUAAGACUAAAGAUGGAGAGACCUCUCUUUAUUAUGCAUCCUUUUAUAAUUACAAAGAAAUGGCAGAAAUUCUUAAUUCAAACAAGACAAAAUAA